GAGAAGCUCAGUUACAAGGAGAUCAUCGAGCUGAUUGCAUGUUAUAUGUGGGGACUUCUCUCUGAAACAUUUCUGUAAUUAUUGACGUUGAUUUCACUUAAUUUUGCCUGCAACGAAGAAUGAGCUUCAAAAAUCAACCCCAAAGACCGCACCUGUAUCCUCGCACUGACCCGCAUAUGUACAGUGUUUUCAACAUCAGUCGCGGUGGUGAGGCGUCCACGUCCGAUAGUCACAGUGAAGCAUCAUCGCCAACAGAAAUCUCCACAAUGCCACCCACAUCUAGUGUCCUGGUAGUGUCUGCUGAUGAAGUCUCGUCCAGGACGUUAGGCUCAUCUCAAGGUGGUGCUGGAGACCCACGGACUUGCCGACGGAAGCAGGGAAAGUCCUAUGCAUGGCUACACAGAGACUUAACCUUGGAAGAUGAAUACAAUAUCGCAACAGUAGAAUGGGAGGAUCUUGACGACAACUGCUCGAGGUGCCAACCCACGGCCACAGCUGCUCCGUCCAAAGCAUCCUUUAAACCACCCUCCCGUUCAUCUGACGAACAGGGCAGUUCACAACAGAGAUUAAGGAACGCAGGUCGGACAGAUGGAGACGUACACUAUACAGAGUAUCAUCUUCAUCAAUGGUUCACCAAUUUCAGCGACAUCAAGAGGCGAAUCAAGCACAUCUCCUAUGUUGCCUUAUUUGAACCACGUGCCGUUACAGUCACCGAUGUUUACCAUACCACUAUCACAGAAGACAUGAGCAGAAGGCCGAACAUCAAGACACGAUGCCUGAAGCGAUCACUGAGCUCAGAAGUAUCCCAUGACAUUGAUGAACGCCAUCUUCCUUUAAAGAAGAGAAAGAGAUGCAUGACAGCUGCCACCACCAAUACUGCAGCCACAACAGGCACAGGCGGUGGAGUCCCGCCACUUGCAGCUCGACAUGACCAGCCAUCAGCUAGCCAGGCUGACCCUAGAGCUGCCAUUCCCCUGUCCUCCACUACUGCUUCCUGUGCUGAACAUCCUGCCGCACCACCAUCCCCAUCUCACCCGAGCAGCAGACGACGGGGCACAAAGACACUUGUCACAUGGGAAAGCUGUUUGCCCCUGAAAAACAAGACAAGUUAAUGUUUCGAAGGUUGCCGAUACCACUAGGAGGAUGAAAAUGUAUUUUUCUCACGAGAGAAUAUAUCUAAUUAUAUUUUUCACUAUAACCAUCAUAUAUUUAUGAUUAUUAUAUAUUGUAUAUUUUAUAUGGAUUGUUAUAUAUGUCCAUGUCAACAUGAUUAAAUGUCAAAUGUAU